AAGCCUGAAGCCACUCAAAAUCUUAAAAAUUCGACGUUUAAAUGUAAUAAAGCAGUUUCGCCUCAAUGUAACGAAUAGACCGUUACAAGUUUAUUUAUUCUAUUCAAAUCUGAAAUUGUUAGCACAGCAUACUGAGGCAUGUUCUAAUUGAAGAACUAUAAUGUUUGUAACAAGAUUGAUUUAUUUUUUUGUGCUUUUUAUAACGACAACAUCUUGUGAUCAAUUUAAUCUAUAUGGACAAGCAGGACAGGCAUAUGCACUGGAAAUAAAUGUUGGUCAUCCAGUACAAAAGUUAAAUGUGUUGGUGGAUACUGGAAGCACUACAUUGGCUAUAGCUUCUUAUGCCAGGAUAGAUAGUAAUAAAUAUUUUCACGCUGACAACUCUGCAAGUCUUUUUAACAUUGGAAAAGAGGUGCAGGCAAAAUACUCCCAAGGAACCUGGAUUGGAAACUUAGUAUCAGAUUUUGUGAAUAUUUCUACAUUACCAGAAGUUCCUGAAGUAAAAUGCGACAUUGCACUUAUAACAAAAAGUCAUAAAUUUUUCAUGAAUGGCUCAGGUUGGCAGGGACUCUUGGGCUUAGCAUAUUUGCCGGUUGGAGCAUGGGGUGAAAAUGUGGUUGUUGGUUCCUGGCUUGAUUCAGUGGAAAAGGCUCUUAACAAGGCCAUGUCUUUCCAACUCAAAUUAUGUGGAGUUAGAAGCUCGACAAAUGCAACACACUAUGGAAAACUUGAGAUGCUUGAUGAUAAUACAGUAUCAUUAAACCAUAAUGUUGAAUUCCGCACACCAAUACUACGUAAAAGGUGGUAUGAAGUUGGGGUUCUAUCAAUUAGAGUCAUCACCAAUGGAAAUAAAUCAAUGAACAUUAUUGAAAGUAAUUUAACAAAGGAUUCUGAUGAUUAUCUUAAUGCGUAUAAGGAAACUUGUGUUAAGCUAAACGAGGAAAAAAGCAUUGUUGAUAGUGGGACAACAAAUAUAAGAUUGCCUGAUACUUUGUUUGGAGAGGUUGUCGAAGAACUCAAAAAUGCAGCUGCAAGCGCGUACAUACUUAUUUUAGAUGGAUUCUGGUAUCGUGGUGAGUCUGCCUGCUGGCCGGAGCCACAAGAAUGGUCACUGCCAUCAAUAGCGGUUGAUCUACUCAGCGCUGAUGCGGAUAAUCAGUAUUUUACGUUAGAAAUACCACCACAGAACUUCAUGCGAGUCGUAACAGCAAAGAACAACAGUGGUGAGGGCGGCAGCGUUUCAGAGUUCUGCUACAAACUAGGUUUCGAAGCGGGCGGAAAAGAGACUAUCCUUGGUUACACCGCUAUGGAAGGACUGCAGGUACUAUUCAAUAGAUCCGCCGGUUGGAUAGGCUGGUACCCAUCUGACUGCGGACCGAAGGCCCGUGUCACCGGCCCUUAUAACUUUUCCACGUCACUAUUAUCGCUUUGUCAACUUACGCAACCAGUACCGGACGUUGCGGUGUCCAUUAAAGCAGCGCAAUGGACACUAUGUGCUGUAUCUAUAAUCGCUGCGGCUGUUUUAAUAUAUUUACUAGCGCCCUGUGUAAAGAUCAUGAUUCAGACACCGCUGCCAAUGUCGCAGCAAAUAUCUUUGUCGCAAGCCGCGUUGGUCGAACAAGAAGCGACGUAAUAAACUUAACAACGCCUCGAUAGACCUUAGUGGCUUGGCACUGUACUGACAUCAUGGAGGUAAAUCGACGAUAUUCGUAAGUGUAAAAGAAACUCAUCUAACGCAAAUUAACAAUAUUCGCAUCUUUGCAAAACCCGACAGACCUAAGUGGCUCUAAGACAAGAUACUAGAACCAUGAAAAUACAUCUAUAUUAUUCGUUGGAGCAAAAAAUAGUAGAUAAUCUAAAGCAAAGUAAAAACUAUUGUAAACAAACAUGCUCAUCCUUGCAAAAAGUCACACAUAUAUUUUACGCUACGGCUUGGCACAACACAUUGUUAGUGAAUUGGGAAAUGUAUUAUUAAUAUUAACUUGACGAAACUAAAAAAAUGAUUAGAGAUGCCACUCUUUUAAGUGUUUUAAAUAGACUGAAUGAAUAUAAAUAUUUUAUUUGAUACUCAAUAUUUAAUAAUCCAUGUAUCAUCUCUCACUUUAAGUUUCAGGUCCUUUGAAUGCAAAGGACCGAUCGAAACUGCAAUGUUAACUACUAGAUGUCUCUGACACUUGUUUAUAUUUUAUGGAAUGUAUGCGUAAUUCGAUUUAAAAAAUAAAAUUAUAUAAAAUCGGAAAGCAGGGCUGCGUUGGGUCUAAUUGAAAUAGCCACGACAACCAGAUAAAUGUGGGUUUAAAUCCCACGAGCUAUGAAAUUUAAGUUUUUUUUUUUAAAUAAAUAUUUGACACGUAUGUCACCAAGAUGUGAAAAUUAUAAUGAUGUUGUUCCAAAGAGAGUACCAAUGUAUGGGUAUUCUGUUUGGAAUUUUAGCUCCAGUAGUAUAAAUGUUGUUUCUUAAAAAAAGUCUUUAAAAGACUUGUAAUGAAAAUGUGUGAGAAUUAUAGUUACUUAUAAAGACAGGUUUAAGAUGUCACGAGCGCUAUGGCCCUACGCCAGCCAUUAAUAAUUAAUCUUAAACUUUAAAUGACAGAUUUAAUUUAGUAUUGCUAUCCUUUUUCUACCUUUUCCUGUAGAUAAGGACAGCACUACCUACUAGAUUCAAUUUGUCAUCCGAAAACUUUGCAUUCUAAUAUUGUAAUUCUGUUAACUACGGCCAUUAGAGGUGAAAGAUCUUGGUAUCGAUUACCGGAUAGGUAAAUUUAGGUAUUAUAAUUUCUACAUUGGCAUUCAUACAAAAAUGAUCUGACAUCGGCCGAUUAUAUUUAUUUCAUAGUCAGAAUAAUGUUAGCCAUAAAAAAACGUUUUUAAUGUCACAAGUAUGUGUCGAAUAUAACUUUUUAUUUUGACUUUACGUGCCAAGAUGUCUCUAGUUAUGGCACUAUAUUUUUUAAUUUAUUACUCGUUUCACUAUAAGUGUACUAAAUAAGUAAUCGUUGAAAUGCGCUAAUGACAAGUCAAAUGGACUUUGUCUUGGUCAAAGUGAGUUUUUUUUUUUGCUAUUAGAAUAAGCAGAUGUAGGUUAUAAGAAGGCGCGAACUGAUAAUAAAAAAACGAGUCUACAUCUUUUUGACGAAAAACACGUAAGGUUUUCUAUUUAUUUGAUAGAAGAAUAUUACCUAUGUCAUAACGUGAUAAGAAUCCGUGCUAAGUACCUACUUCUUGUUUUUGAUAAUUUAUGCAAUAUGUCAAAUAAUCGAUAUAUUGGUAUUAGAUAAUACUAUUGGUACUAUUGGUUGGGACAGGUUACGAAUAAUAAUGCAUAUUCUUAAGAAAAAAUUUAAAAAUAGUUUAAAUUAGUGAAAGAAAAAAGAUAAAUUGACCAUGUUAAUGUUUAAUCGAGAGAAAUAUUUCUUAAGAUAAUAAGUAUUUAACGUAUUUAACGAAGUUUAGCCCGCCUUGAAUUGAAAAAUGACGUCUCAAUAUCCGAUAAUUGCUUCUAGAAAGUAAUUAAAAUUUUAAUUAUGGGUCUGGCAUACCUACUAGCUACCCUUUAAUUUUUUUUUUCAAUAUAGUGGCUACGCAAAUAAUCAAUAGCUGGCAAAUAAGUGUAAGACCAGUAUCAGGGUUUACGACAUAUAAGCUAUAUAUCAUUAGUAGGGUGGCGCAAAAAAAACGACUAUUUUUUUUUUUGAGUCUCG